AACGGUCGUCCUGAAUUCGGGUAUCCUUCCAAGCCUUCGAAUCGCAGCCAUGUCUCCGAUUACAAACAGUCGAACGCUUUUCAAUGAGGUUCCGAUUGGCUAUCCUGAGCCAGGAAGAACCACUAUCCACGACACCUCUAUGAGUAUAGAUCUCGAGACAGAACCCCUGAAAGGGGGUUUCCUCGUCAAGACACUUGUUCUGUCAAUCGAUCCUUACCUGAGGGGGAAAAUGCGAGAGGCGACCAAGGCCAGCUACUCGGCUCCCUUUGCCAAAGGCGAACCUAUUACCAAUUUCGGAAUUGGUGUCGUUUUACGUUCAGAACACUCUGGAAUAAAAGUCGGGGAUCAUAUCUAUGGCGUCUUGCCUUUCCAGGAGUAUUUUGUGCGUAGCGACGCCUCGUCCUUCGCCGUGAUCGCCAACGAAGAGGGUUUGCCGUGGUCUGUGUACAUCGGCAUGGCAGGAAUGCCCGGUCAGACAGCAUAUGUGGGGUGGAAUGAGUUCUCCAAAGCCAAAAAGGGUGAGACAGCGUUCAUCACAACUGCUGCUGGCCCAGUUGGCAGUUUUGUCGUCCAACUGGCGAAACUUGACGGGCUCAAGGUGAUUGCGUCUGCUGGAUCUGACGAGAAAGUCGAGUUUGUGCGCUCGCUCGGGGCCGACGUGGUGUUCAAUUAUAAGAAGGAAAGUACUGAAGAAGUGCUUCAACGCGAGGGUGGUCUCGAUAUUUAUUGGGAUAACGUAGGCGGAGAGACGCUGGAUCUGGCCCUGAAAUACGCCAACAAGCGAGCUCGUUUCAUCGAAUGCGGCAUGAUCACCACAUACAACAACCCGGACGGUUACGGUGUCAAGAACCUAGCGGAGAUAUUCAAGAAGGACAUGUCCAUGCACGGCUUCAUCAACGGGAACUGGUUCGGGAAAUACCGCGAGCAGUUCUACCAAGAAGUCCCUAAGUUGGUGAAGGAGGGUAAAAUACAGUAUCAGGAAGACAUCACCCGUGGUUUGGAGCACGCAGGGCAGGGUAUAUUGGACGUGCAGCAGGGAACAAACAAGGGAAAGAAGGUCAUACUCGUAGCGGAUGAGUGAAUAUGUCUGUAUCCUUACGAAGUGUACUACUUCGGACUUUUGUAGUUUUAGUGAUUGAUCUUCGAUUGUUGAAUCAAACUGAUUGUUAUAAGAUU